AUGGCAGCAGUACAGACUCGUGCUUUCCCAACGCCAGUGAUCACCAGCAGCCAGCUCAAGGGAGCCUUACCCAGAGCUGUGAUCAACGAAGAUGUCGACUGCAAUGCAGUAGCCACCUCAUGUAUCGCUCGUCUACAGAAUUUGCAGCAAAGCGACCUGACUGAAGAUGCAAUGUGGAGAGACUCUCUCAGCAUUACUGGGCAUCAGCGGACUUUCAACAAUGCAUCCACUAUACUCGCUGUUUGGAACGAACUCAGACCCAAUUGUAAGCCUUACAAUUUCAGACUGGUACCACACACGGCACAAAUAUUCAGAUUGGGACCUCACCCUGCAUGGAUAACUGUCGUCUUUUCGUUCGAGACCAAUGGAGCACAGCCUGCUAAUUGCUCGGGCUCGGUCAACAUUGUCCCCGACGAAAAUGGCGACUACAAGAUCUGGGUCCUCUGCACAUUCAUCGAGGCUCUCAAAGACCAUGGCGGUUAUGGAAACCCAGAUAGUCUCCCAGACCCGAAGUUUGCACCCGCUGCGAACCUCGAGGAUGAUGGUGAGAUCGACUGCAUUGUUGUCGGAGGCGGUAUGGCCGGUCUUUGUGUUGCAGGCAGGCUGCAUGCAUUACGCAUCCCCUAUCUCGUCGUCGAACGUAACGAUUCUGUUGGUGACAAUUGGACCAAACGAUACGACUCCAUACAUAUACAUCUCUCGAAUAGCUACAGUGAGAUGCCAUUCCAACGUGUUUACGCCGACAAGCCAUAUAAUCUCAGCAGUAAAGAUCUGGCCGAAGGCAUGCAGAAAUACGUGGACAUGCACAACAUCCAAGUCUGGUUGUCGAGCUCAAUGAACCAAGCACGCUGGGACGAAGGAACUAAGAGCUGGCACGUAAUUGUCAGCAAACAGGGACAGCCCAAACAUAUCAAAGUAAAGCACCUCGUCAUGGCCAUUGGCGGAGGUCUGGACGUUCCGAAGUAUCCUGAGUAUCCCAAUCGUGACCAGUAUCAGGGCACCAUGCUACACUCAGUCGACUGGAGAAAUGCAGACGCCUUCACUGGUAAAAGAGGCAUCAUCAUCGGCUCCGCCAACAGCGCCUUCGACAUUGCCAAGAACAUGGUUGACAGCAACUUGUCAAAAAUAACCAUUGUUCAACGCAGCACUACUCACGUCAUGUCAUCCACGGUCCUCUACCCCAUUCAGGAUGCCCUCUACAACCCUGAAACCGAUAUAGGACUAUCGGACAGAAUGUCUCUGACAGGUCCAUAUGCGAUGGGUCGAUUGAUGAUCAUGGCAGGCGCAGCAGCUCUCCAAGCCCAAGAACCACAUCGUUAUGAUUAUCUUCGUGAAGCCGGUUUUAGUUUCCACCAAAAUCCUGACCUCUUUUCAAACCCUGUUGAGAAGUUUGGUGGACAUCUCCUCGACCAUGGUUCUGUUUCUUCGGUCUUUGAGUCUGGCAAGACAAAGAUCAAAUCAGGCAUUCUCCCCACUUCCUACACAAAGACCGGUCUUCGUUUCGAAGACGGCACAGAAGUCGACGCUGACGUGAUCGUCUUUGCCACGGGCUUCAGAGGCAAUCUUCGCGAAAGCGUAUCCUCCAUCAUCGGCCCUGACACCGCAUCUCACCUCGACGACUUCUUCGGUCUGGAUGCAGAGGGUGAAAUCAGAGGAUUAGCCAAACCCAUCGGUCACCCAGGUAUAUGGUACUUUGGGGGUGGGACUGCACAUGCAAGAUUCGUAUCUAGGACCUUGGCGAUGCAGAUUGCUGCUGAUCUGAGGGGAAAGGCAUUCGUGCCUUACACCGCUACACUUUGA